CCCGCAGGAGGAGAGAGGAGAGGCGGCCACGACCUGCGUCUGCACUGGGGUCAUGUUGUGAGCUGGAGGAACUUCUUCAUGGAGCUUUGAACUCUUCCUUCACCGUGUCCACAAUGCGGACUCACACCGGCUCAUCCAAGCCGCGCACCGGCCCCUCGGCGCCGGGUCCCCGCGCUGCCGCCGCCGCGGUCACCUGUCUGCUGGCGGCCGGGAUGCUGGUCGUCGCUGUCGGGAACGUGAGCAGCGGAGAGCCGGGGGGUCCUCCGGCUGCUGCUGCUGCUGCGGAGAACGGGAGGGCUUUCUCUGCGUAUUUCAGGAAACUGACCCGGGAGAGGAGAACGAUAAGCGGGCCCCGGCGGAGGAGCGUGACCCCCGGGCCCGUGGAGCCUCUGACCCCCGCUGACCUCUUCAUAGCGGUGAAGACAACCGGGAGGUAUCACCGGCAGAGACUGGACCUGCUGCUGGAGACCUGGAUCUCCACACACAUGCAACAGACGUACGUGUUUACUGACGGAGAGGACGAGGAGCUGAGGAAGAGAAUGGGUUCUCACCUGAUCAACACCAACUGUUCAGCGGCCCACAGUCGUCAGGCUCUCUCCUGUAAAAUGGCUCAGGAGUACGACACUUUUAUUCACUCUGGAAAGAAGUGGUUCUGUCACGUCGACGACGAUAACUACGUGGAUGUCGGCUCCCUCCUGAAGCUCUUGUCGCAGUUCGGUCACACGGAGGACGUGUACAUCGGCCGGCCGAGCCUGGAACGACCCAUAGAGGCCACGGAGAAGCUCGGCACAGCUGAGAUGAAGCAGGUGCGUUUCUGGUUCGCCACAGGGGGAGCAGGUUUCUGUCUGAGUCGUGGCCUCGCUCUCAAGAUGAAACCCUGGGCAAGUGAUGGCACUUUCAUGUCGACUGCCGAGCACAUUCGCCUCCCAGACGACUGCACUGUUGGUUACAUCGUGGAAGCGCUGCUCGGCGUGAGCCUCAUCCGCUCAGCUUUGUUCCACUCCCACCUGGAGAACCUGGGACUGGUGUCAGACAUACACAACCAGGUGACUCUCAGCUACGGCACAGUGGAAAACAACAGAAACACUGUGAAUGUGAAAGGACCUUUUUCAGUUAGUGAAGACCCCACAAGGUUCAGGUCUGUCCAUUGUCUGUUGUACCCAGACACUCCUUGGUGCCCCGGCCCCUGGCGACUCCCACAGCCGCCGUCCAGAGACGGAGGGAUGGACUGACGGGGGGAGAAGAAGUAAAGUCUGGGAACAAAAAGAUAAAGAGAAGAGAAGUCCCUCGGCUCCUCUGACUCCUGAAGAAUCGCAUGUCCCACAGAGUGCUGAAUUAGUUUGACCCGUGGACUUCGACCCUGUGAAUUGCGACCCGGUGUUUCCUGAUUCUAAAGUGUUUAUCCCCUGAACGAUGCUCAGCUCCAGACGUGGAUCUGAACCUGCCACCUCAUCUUUCUCUCUAAUCGCCACAUUAGGCUUCAGUUCUUGUCUUUUCGGUCUCAGCUCUCGUUUGUCACCUUCAGCUGAACUCGACUCAGUUGUGCAUUGAGCGUCAAGCUGAUGUUAUCAUGUAAUAUUGAGGCCAAAGGCUCGUUCAUGCUCAGCGUUGUAUACGCAAACGGACGGAGUACCACAGGAAAUCGAGAAAUUUGAACAAUACUGGAACUUUUCAGGAGAGACUUUAAGAGAGGACAGGCAUCAGGGGUUAGGAUGUUACUUCGAUUAUGCAAAUUGCCAAACUGCUGCUUUUGCCACUUUCUUAAUUUGAUCAUGUCCACAGCCACAAUGUUUGUUGUUGUCAGAAACUCUCAACUCUGCACUGCCCUCUAGUGGAGGUAUUGUUUCUAUAAGCACAAAUGGUUUUUCUUUUUAAAUAGAAACUAAACAACCAAGAUCUAACUGGAUUCUGGAGCAGCAGACAAACUGAUGGACGGAAAUAAUCCUCUCUGGAGUCGAGAGGAACGAUAUCAUACCCGCUGGCCUCAAUUUAUUUUUUCCAUCAUGGCUCCUCUUUAAAGAUCUGUUUAGCCUCACACCCCUGAACAUUCCCAGCGUCCCCUCUCCGCCUCCUCAGCCGUAACAGAUCGUUCUUUUGUGUCGAUAAGAUGGGAUUCACUGGAGCGAUCGAGCACAGAAGAAAGGAUGAAUCUUUCAUCACUUCAGCAUAAUGGGGCAAAGGAAAACACAUUCUGAUGAUUUUUCUAGGAUCCAGACUCCUCCAUGUGAAGUUUUAUCUCCUCAGUAUUAUCUCUCUAUGAAUUAUGUUAUCACGACUGAGCACUUUGCUGUUUUAACUCUGCUGCUUGCAAUUCAUCAUUUGAUAAAAGGAACAUUCCCAGGAACGGUUUGACAUUCUCAGAAAUGAUGCUCAUUCGCUUUCUUGCAAGACAAUGAAGGUUGAAGAUGAAGAUGGACGACGUGUCUCCAUCUCGUCCCACUGUACAAAAGUGCAGCUAAAGUAUUUUGAGUACUUGUACUGGUGAUGCUGGUAGUACGUGCUACGAUAUCGAGGUCCCUCAGAUACACGCCCAUCUCGAGUCAGUCUCAGCUGUCAAUCAUGACGUUUCACCGCAUUUAUAUAACAUUGAGACUUUGUUCUUGAAAUCUCAGAAAGUCUUCUCCCCUCUCAGUGGCCCUCAUUCUGCUUCAUGUAAAGAAGAUAUAAGACGUUUAUUAGUCAGAUUCUUCUCAUCUCACAGCAAGAAAGACAAUUUGCAUAAUUAAAAAAUGUCAAACUAUUCCUUUAACAACUCUGUGUAUUAUCAAGGCCUCUCUUACGAACAAUUCUUCAAAAAAAGAUGGAUUCCACCGUUCUUUAUCCAUUUGAACAGGUGGAGUCUGUUAAUGUUGUUAAACUGCUUUUAAAGCUCGCAGCAGUGUGACGGAUGUUUCCCCUCUGAGCUCCUUUAGAGAAAUGACUCAUGUUGGGUCGUCGUCUGUAUUUCUGUGCCGUGAAAGCAACUGAAUGAAGGUGAUCAAGUGAAAUUCUGUCCCUGGUGAAAUGAAUGUAUACGAUGAACUGUUGCUUGUGAAGCGUACACGCUCUCUCCAGUAUCUGGACUGUCUGUGGACGUCACGACACAAGUUAAUAAAACUGUUGAUGGUCAAAUA